AAAUUUAUAGUGAGAUUUCAAUUCUGCGGUUAACAUUCACAUAUGUCAAACAAAAAAUGGACUUGAGAGAAGAGGGAAAAAUUGACGAAAAUGGAGAAACUGAAGGAAAACGUUACCCGAAUAUGAAUUCAAAUUCAAAUGCAGAAGAUGAAAGUGGGCAAUCAAAAGCCGAAAAUGAAAAUGGGCAAUCAAAUGCAGAAGAUGAAAGUGGGCAAGCAAAUGAAGUUGCGCAGGGUUUAAAAGGUCUUGAUCUUGUCGCGGCGUUGGAGGUAGUUGAGAAAGAUGCGAACGAGGUCGCUGGAAGCUUCACCUCCCUUCUCUCCUCCCUUCGUCUCGCUCUUUCCCAGGUUACCAGUAGCUCUGUAGAGCACAUGCGAUGCUAUAAUGAUGUUGCGGGUCAAUUGCAAGUGUCUGCACUUGAUGCAGCAUCGAAAGGAAACCGCUUCAUCAACGCAAGUUUGAGGUUGAAUGACGAAAUGAAGGGCACAGGAAAUCUAGCUGCUCAAUUAAAAUCAUUGAGGCGAACUGUGGACCACUUGGAUUCCUUGGUGACGCGACAACUUCCACGCACAUGAGAACUCGUGUUUUCUUAAAACUAUAAGCAACUGCUUUAUUUGUUCCAGGGGAUUAUAGAAUUUUUCCAGAUCAUGCUAGUUUGUAUCAUCUUCCACUGAAAUUUAACUUUUCAAUGUAAUAAUUCCUGUCAUUUUAAUUGUAAUUUGCAGAGUACAUCAAAUUCAUACAAGCACAUGAUGCUUUAUAAGUUGAUUUCAACUAGGUGCAUUUUUCAUUCUAAAACAAUUCUCUUGAAAGGUGUUGUCAAAUGCUAUUCAUUUUACCUGCAUGGUUGAUAAUUGAAUUGUAGUGCUGAAUCUUGAGAGCGUUUAACAUGUUAGAAUACUGCUUUAUUUGAUGCUAAAGAUUAAGUAUUUGGGUUGUCUUUCA